GUUUGGUUCAUGUCGUCUGGGGUAGUGUUGGUAGGUGGAGGAUUGGAUUUGCAGAGGGAAGAAGACCACAAGAAAAGGCCAUUAUAAUACUUUCGACUAGGCAUUAGCCACCAACCCCACCCCCUCACCAACUCCUCCUUUUUAACCUUUCUCUCUCUCUCUCUCUCUCUCAUUCGUCUUUCUUCUGCUUCGAUCCUCAUCAUGGCAUCUUCUCUCACCUCCAAAUCCAUUCUCGGAUCCACCAAACCCGGUUCUUCUCCGGACCUCCGUCGUCUCUCCUCUCCCGCGGUUCAGAUCUCAAUCCGAACCCAACCCAAGAAGAACCUCCAGAUACAAGCUACUGGAAGCUCAUAUGGGACUCACUUUCGAGUUUCCACCUUUGGAGAAUCUCAUGGAGGAGGCGUUGGCUGUAUAAUCGAUGGAUGUCCUCCUCGGAUUCCACUCUCUGAAUCUGAUUUGCAAUUCGAUCUUGAUAGGAGGAGACCCGGUCAGAGCCGGAUCACGACUCCUAGAAAAGAGACUGAUACUUGCCGGAUAUCUUCUGGUGUCUCCGAAGGGAUGACGACAGGAACACCUAUCCAUGUCUUUGUGCCAAACACUGAUCAGAGAGGACUUGAUUACAGUGAGAUGUCAGUUGCCUAUAGGCCAUCUCAUGCUGAUGCUACUUAUGACAUGAAGUAUGGUGUCAGAUCUGUACAGGGUGGUGGGAGAUCAUCAGCGAGAGAAACCAUAGGAAGAGUUGCUCCUGGAGCUUUAGCCAAGAAAAUCUUGAAGCAAUUUGCAGGAACUGAGAUUCUUGCCUAUGUCUCGCAAGUCCACCAAGUUGUACUUCCAGAGGAUUUGGUAGACCACGAGAAUCUGACACUCGAACAGAUAGAAAAUAACAUUGUCAGGUGCCCCAAUCCAGAGUAUGCAGAAAAGAUGAUAGCUGCGAUAGAUGCUGUCAGGACUAAAGGGAACUCUGUUGGUGGUGUUGUGACCUGCAUCGUCCGGAAUGCUCCACGUGGGCUUGGAACGCCGGUGUUCGAUAAACUUGAAGCAGAACUAGCAAAAGCUUGUAUGUCCUUACCUGCAACAAAGGGCUUUGAGUUUGGUAGUGGCUUCUCAGGUACCUUUCUGACUGGUCUUGAACACAAUGAUGAGUUCUAUACCGAUGAAAACGGAAGAAUAAGAACAAAAACAAACCGAUCCGGUGGAAUUCAGGGAGGGAUAUCAAACGGUGAGAUAAUAAACAUGAGAGUAGCCUUCAAACCAACAUCUACAAUUGGAAGAAAGCAGAACACUGUGACCAGAGAUAAGCAAGAAACAGAGAUGAUUGCGCGUGGACGUCAUGAUCCCUGUGUUGUUCCACGAGCUGUGCCGAUGGUGGAAGCAAUGGUGGCUUUAGUUCUUGUGGAUCAAUUGAUGGCGCAAUACGCACAGUGCCAUUUGUUUCCAAUAAAUCCAGAGCUGCAGGAACCUCUUCGGACAGCUUCUCCUGUUGAGCUUGAGCAGCCGCAAAAUGCUGCUGCUUUGUAAGCAUAACUCGAGAAGAUUUAGAGUGAUGAGACAGACAAAGAGACGCUUCACUUUUGUUGUGUGAUUAUUACUACGAAUAAAAUGGUUAAUUUUGCAAGAUGAUUUUACCACUGUUUAGUACUUUCUCUAUAAUAUUUACAUCACUAUUAAACGAAACACUUUUCUACACA